CCCAAAUCAUCACCAGCGCUCCACCAUUUCCAGCCGCUCGAAGCUCGAAGAAAAGCCAGAUCGUCAGCCAUGUCGGGGCGCGGCAAGGGGGGCAAGGGGCUGGGCAAGGGCGGCGCCAAGCGGCACCGGAAGGUGCUGCGCGACAACAUCCAGGGCAUCACCAAGCCGGCCAUCCGGCGCCUCGCUCGCCGCGGCGGCGUCAAGCGCAUCUCGGGGCUCAUCUACGAGGAGACCCGCGGCGUGCUCAAGAUCUUCCUCGAGAACGUCAUCCGCGACGCCGUCACCUACACCGAGCACGCGCGCCGCAAGACCGUCACCGCCAUGGACGUCGUCUACGCGCUCAAGCGCCAGGGACGCACCCUCUACGGCUUCGGCGGCUAAGGGGACCCGGAUGUUCUCGCCAGUCUUGCUGCGGCCGAGAAAGCUUAGAUGGAAUGAGAUCCGCCUUGUUUAGUUCGCUGUUUCCUUAGUAGAUUGAGCUGUAACUUGGAAGUCGUGGAACAAAGUUGUUCGUAUCUGAA